AUGAGCAAACAGCCCGAGAAGCAUUCUCACGAAGAUCAUCAUCAAGAAGAUGAUUGUUGUUGUGGGUGCCAUCAUCAUGAGAAGCCUCUCCAACUCUUUAGAAUGUAUCCCGAGCUUGAAACCAUCACUCCCAACGAUGCUAAAAAAUCCCGUCUUCAUGAAUUGUUGGUAGAUGACAACAAAUAUUUAUGGAGUGGAUAUCGAAAGCUACCAGUGAAUGAUUUCAAUAGAUCCUUCCUCUCAAUGUUUACACUUCAUAACGAAACUGUAAAUAUUUGGAAUCAUUUGCUACCAUCUUUAAUUUAUUGCGUAGUAGCUUUCUAUAUUGACCACUACGUUACAUCCGUAAAUCCAAAGGCAAGGUGGACCGAUAGAGCCAGUUUUAUUUUCUACUGUGUCACUGGAAUUUUCACAUUCGGUUUUAGCGCCAUGUAUCACACUUUGAGAAUGAAUAGCGUGAAUGAUUAUCAUUUUUGCUUGUUAUGUGACAUUAGAGGAAUUGUUGUAUUGGUUUGCGGAGCCAAUGCUCUCAGCAUUACAUUACAAUUGAAAGACUACGAGUACUUGCAGUAUAUUUAUUCUAUUGUGAACAUUACUUUGGUUAUAUUUUUCAUAUUUUGGAUUAAGAAGAUGGUUCGAGAGAGAUUGACAAACCAGAGAACUCUCUACUUUACUCUUUACAGUUUAAUUCCAUUGAUAACUCUAAUUCAUCGAUUCGUUUUGCAAUCAAGUACCACCAGGGACUUUGUGAAUAUGGUCAUUUAUUGCAUUUUACCGAGAUCUUUCCACGAACAAUUUGGCAUCUCACAUGCUCACGUCAACAUGAACAUUAAGGAUAUUAUGUGGCAUAAUAAUCAUUCCACCAACUUGCAUUUUCCAAACGGAGUUCUUGAUGUGAAUCAUGACUUGACUCAGUUAUAUAUCAUGAAUUAUUUCUUAUUAGGUUUUGGAAUGUUUAUUAGAGGAUACAAAGCUCCAGAACGUUGGGUACCAUUCAAAUUUGACUUGUUUGGAGCAAGUCAUCAGAUUUUCCACUUUUUAUCAGUAUACACAAGUUGGCUCAUUGUUCAUGGAUUUUAUGUCAUGUACUCAAAAGGUGCUUUUCCAAAUGAACAUUUAUAA